AUGAAGAAAGCAGAUAAAGAAUAUGUUGCUGCUGUGUUAGAGAAGAAAGCAGAUAAAACUUAUGUUAAUGAAAAAGAUAAUGAAAUUAAAGAAAGGGUUGAAUGGUAUCAUGAAUGGACAUCAAAGAUUUUAAAAACUAAAGCUGAUACAGGAUGGGUUUCAGGAUGUUUAGACCUUAAAGCGGAUAAAACUUAUGUUAACGAUGAGUUAGAGAAGAAAGCAAAUUUGGUUUAUGUUGAUGAAAUAUACCAAAGUUUGAUAGGAACAAAAAAUAUUGAAACUAUUGUUGGUGACUUUUAUGUCAAUGAAGAAAAUAAAUAUUUUAGAUGGGAGUUUGUACACUCCUUAAAAAAUGGUAUACGGUAUAAACUCAUUCCGAAAAAUAACAAUGAAAUGUAUGUAAGCUAUAAAAAGAAUGAUGACACACAAGUUAAAGUUCCAUUAGACAACAACUGCUACUUAAACUUAUAUGGAGACGAACAAAAGAAAUAUUUAAGAGUUUAUGAAAUGACAGAUAUGACAUUGCCUAACCCAGCUCCAGCACCAUAUUAUUAUGACUAUGGAGAUGACGACAGAACACCACAUGUAGAUGAACAAAAGCUAACAUUAUAUUUAGAUUAUUAUAGAUAUAAAAGAUAUAAUGCAAUAGAAAAAACGAGAAUAGUAUAUUAUUAUACAGAUGACAGAAAUAAAUAUUAUAGUCAAGAUUUUACCUACCCUGAAAACAUAAGAUUAUAUUAUAAAAAAUAUUCCGACACAAACCAGAAGAAACCUGAAAUAGUUGCAUUAUAUUUUAAGUUCAAAAGAGACAAUCCUAUAAUAUCUCAUAUGUUUGAUUUAAUGAACCCAGUAGGUUCUAUUUAUACAUCUAUGGAUGCAAGAGGUCCUCAAGUAAUGUUUGGUGUUGGUGCAUGGGAACAAAUAGUCGACAGGUUUUUGUAUUGUGCAAACUCUUCAAAGGAAACAGGAGGUUCAAAGAAAAUAAAUAUUGAAAACAUUCCACCGCACACUCAUACAGGAACUACAAACUUUUCUGGUGACCAUAGUCACUCAUUAAGAGACCACCCAUUAUACAACUCAGAAUAUUAUGCUGGCAAUGACGUUUUAUCUCCAGAUUAUAACCAUUCGGCAAAAAAGACUUUUCGACCAACUGAACCAGGAGGAAAUCAUUCACACACUUUCACAACAAAUCCAACAGGCUUGGGUAAAGAUUACAUGCCACCAUUUAUGACUGUAUUCGCAUGGUACCGCAUUUAUUGA